AAAACCCGAUUUUUCACUUCUAGACUUUCUGUUCAAUGGCAUCUUGACAAACUGCUUACUUCUCAUAUGGGUUCUAUAAUUAAAGAAAAGGAUGUUGCAGAGGUCAAGGUGCUAAGAUUUGUAACUGAUUAGAAAUAUGGGAAGAGGGAAAGUGAAGAUUCUUGGAUAACUAACCUGAAGGGUCAUAAAUAGGGUACUUUCCUUAACAGAAACCAGUAAGUUGUUGAGAUUAUUAUUAUGCAGUGAGGGACAAUGGCAGUUAGGUGAUGUAGUGGAUAGGGGGCUGGACCUGGAGUGUGGAAGACCUAAGUUCAAAUCAGGUCUCAAAUAUGUAUGGGUGAGUGACUCUGGACAAGUCACUUAACCUUUUCUCUUUGUCCACUUCUUUACUUGUAAAUUGGGGAUAAUAAAAGAGCCUGCCUCCUAGAGUUGUGGGGAUGAAAUGAGAGAAAAUUUAUAGAAUUUUGCAAACAUUAAAGCAUCAUCAUCAUCACAAUCAUCAACUAGAGGCUUUGAAGCCUGGAAAAUUGAAGUUCAAGUCCUGCCUUGCAUCUAUGCUUGUGAACCUGUAGUCAUAAGUUCUCAAUGCUCAAGAAACCUCUCUAAGAUUUUGGCAGGUUUUGAACUGCUUUGUUAUAAAGAAUUUCCUUCUCUAGUUGUUCCCUAUAUUGAAGAAACCCAGACUCAAUCCCUAUCCCUAUUCCUUCACUUAGACUAAAUAAUAUGAACCAUUUUUUGGUUAUUUACUUUGGAAAUGACUUGUAUCCUGCCUGGCUUAAUAGAAGAUAUAGUCAAAUUGGAACUGAUUUUUUAUUGCAAUGAGAUGACUAAGAAGAAAAUGUGUACCCUGAAGUAAGACGGACCAUGACAGAAUAGAAUGUGAACUUGAGAAGAAAAUACUUUCUUCAUUUAACUAAAAUGUUCUCUUUUUAUAUAAGGGCCUUAAUUAAUUGGCAAAUUUAAGAAAUAUAUCUUCUUUGCAAAAGACAAAAAAGCUCGAAGUAAAAAUCAUAAAACAAAAUAAUUUUUGUUUGUGCCGUAUAUGAAGGACUGUUGGAUACCCAUCAGUUUUAAGUCAUACUGACAUAUUUAUACUGCAUAGAUUUUAGAUUUUUAAAGGCUCUUAAAAGUAAUCGAGUUUUAAUUUCCUUAUUUUAUAGACUAAGACAGAUCCAGAGAAGUUAAGCAUUUUGCCCACGGUCACAAAAGUAGUAGGUGGUAGAAUUAGUGGGUAUGAUUCUAGGUUUGAUUCUAAUUGACUUUAAAUCCUGUUUUCUUUAGUAUCCAGUGUGUCCCUCAUUUAUGGACCUCCUUUAAAUUACCUCAUGUUCUAGAUCCUUUAUGGGAAAAAAAUCCCUCUCCAAACCAGGGCUUAUGAACCUACACUGAUACUUAAUUUUACUAGACAGUAAGAGGGCACAUGAAAUUCAAAGCAAAAUAUGCUAGUUCAUUAAACUAGCAAAGUAAGAAAAGGAGUAACAGAACCUUUUCCUCAUUAGACUCAAGAUUCACCCUCCUUUACAUGUACACAUCAUCUUUGGGAAGAGUGAAUCCUCCUAGGGAUUAUAGAACCAUACAUUUGUAGAGAGCAUGGAUGGCCUGGGCUUAUGGUGGUGUGCGUAUAUGUGUGACAAUUCAUGCCUCUAGCCCUGUAAAACCUCCAUACAUUCUGGUGACAUUAUUGCUCUGUCCCCCUUUUCUCUUGUAAUUUAUAGCCUCAGGUAGACCUUUCUUGACUGCUCUCCAUUGGCUGUCCCAAGUCCACUGUUCCCCAUCAGAUAUCAUGUCUUAGUUUCAGCUGGCCCUCAGCUGGUAAAUCAUCAGAUUUACACCGGAUCUAAUACUUAAUUUCAGCUUUCACCAAGAAGCUGUGAUUUGUAAGCCUCUCCCCUGCAGGAAUAGGCUAGAUAUAUGAGCCAUUAACCUCCGCCCAGGAGGGGGCGCUGUGCUGAGUCAUAAGGCUCCCUCCCAGGCAGAGCUGCAACUCUUCUCAGUCGCCCACCACUCAGUGCCUUGGAAGCUCAUCUCUCACCGGGGCUUACUGCCCUGGGGGUGGGAAGGGAAUAUUCUUCUUUGACCUCAUCAGUCUACCAUGGUCUCCCUGAGCCUGUUUCUUUUUCUCUGAGUGGGCUCCGAUCUGGGACCCCGGGCUGGCCACUGUGAGAUCUCCUCUCCCAGGACUCCCUCCAAUGGACAAAGAGCCCCGUGAGGAGGCUGCGGUUCCUGAUGUUAUUAGUAGUAUAAGGCAAGUGUCUAAAGCAGCCCUGAAAGAGGAUGCCAAACCUAAUAAAGACAAUGAGGAUGCCUUUUACAACUCUCAGAAGUUCGAAGUGCUUUAUUGUGGGAAGGUAACUGUGACCCAUAAAAAGGCCCCAUCCACUCUCAUUGAUGACUGCAUCGAAAAGUUCAGCCUACAUGAACGCCAGCGUCUGCGGCUCUUGAGUGAGCAGCGCAGUUCUGAUUCCACUAAUGACCUUACCGUCUUUGAGUCUGAAACGUCCAUUUCGCCAGUAGAUGGUCAGUUGGAGGAACUUGAUGAGAUAACCUCUCCUGUCUCUGGCUUGACAAUGGUGGUGGGACAGACCAGUUUGUCUGGGUCUCAUGUCUGCUUCCCUGAACGGAUUUUGGAAGAUUCUGGUUUUGAUGAUCAGCAAGAAUUUCGGUCCCGAUGUAGCAGUGUGACUGCAGUUCCACAAAGGAAGGUGCACGAUGGCCCCCUAAAAGCACAACCGCGUAGAAGACAUGCGAGUGCCCCAAGUCACGUCCAGCCUUCUGAUUCAGAAAAGAAUAGAACAAUGCUGUUCCAGGUCGGGCGAUUUGAAAUUAAUCUAAUAAGCCCAGAUUCCAAGUCAGUUGUUCUUGAAAAGAAUUUUAAAGAUAUAUCUUCUUGUUCUCAGGGUAUAAAGCAUGUUGAUCACUUUGGAUUUAUCUGUCGGGAAUCUCCAGAACCUGGGUUGAGUCAGUAUAUUUGUUAUGUGUUCCAGUGUGCAAGUGAAUCUUUGGUUGAUGAGGUAAUGCUCACCCUGAAACAAGCCUUCAGCACAGCUGCUGCCCUUCAGAGUGCCAAAACCCAGAUUAAGUUGUGUGAAGCCUGUCCAAUGCACUCUUUGCAUAAACUCUGUGAAAGAAUUGAAGGCCUUUAUCCACCAAGAGCCAAACUCGUAAUACAGAGACACCUUUCAUCAUUGACAGAUAAUGAACAAGCAGACAUUUUUGAGCGUGUUCAGAAAAUGAAGCCAGUAAAUGACCAAGAAGAAAAUGAGCUUGUAAUUUUGCAUUUGAGGCAAUUGUGUGAAACCAAACAAAAAACCCAUGUUCAUAUUGGAGAAGCUCAGUCGACUCUUUCUAAUAAUACAGUUCCUGAAAAUGUGGGCAGCAGUGGCAGGUUCAAACUUGACAUUUUGAAAAACAAAGCCAAGAGAUCCUUGACUAGCUCUCUGGAAAAUAUCUUCUCAAGGGGAGCUAACAGAAUGAGAGGUCGUCUGGGAAGCAUGGACAGCUUUGAAAGGUCCAGUAGUAUUGCUUCGGAGAAGGACUAUUCACCAGGUGACUCUCCACCAGGCACCCCGCCAGCCUCCCCCCUCUACUCAACCUGGCAGACAUUCCCUGAAGAGGACUCGGACUCCCCUCAGUUUCGAAGGCGGGCACACACAUUCAGCCAUCCCCCCUCAAGUACAAAGAGAAAGAUCGCUUUACAGGAUGGGCGAUCUCAUGGGGUUCGGUCUCCUCUCCUGAGACAGAGUUCCAUUGAGCAGUGCAGCGUUCUUCCAUCAGGUCGACGCAUUCACAAGGAGAGUAAAUCUUCUUCCUCCAGCCUUCCAAGUCUUCAUACUUCCUUCUCUGCCCCUUCCUUCUCUGCCCCCUCUUUCCUGAAAAGCUUUUACCAGAGUUCAGGUAGACUGUCCCCACAAUAUGAAAAUGAAAUAAGUGAUGGGGAGGGAAGGAAAAGGACUUCAUCGACCUGUAGCAGUGACUCCCUAAAUGUUGGAGGAAUCUCUAUCACUCCUCGACGUGUCUCUUGGAGGCAACGCAUUUUCCUUCGUGUAGCUUCACCUAUGAACAAAUCUCCCUCAGCAAUGCAGCAUCAAGAUGGACUUGACAGAAACGAGCUACUUCCUUUGUCUCCUCUUGCCCCAACCAUGGAAGAGGACCCUCUUGUUUUGUUCUUGCCUGGUGAGGAUGAACCAGAAAAGGUUGGAGGGAGAAGAAAGUCUGAAGAACUACGGAGUUUGUGGAAAAAAGCAAUCCACCAACAGAUUUUGUUGCUUCGAAUGGAAAAAGAAAACCAGAAACUGGAAGCAAGCCGAGAUGAACUCCAGUCCAGAAAAGUUAAAUUAGACUAUGAAGAAGUUGGUGUAUGCCAAAAGGAAACCUUAUUAGCCUGGGAUAAGAAGUUAUUAAACUACAGAACUAAAAUCAGAUGUGAUAUGGAAGAUAUUCAUAUUACGCUUAAAGAAGGAGUGCCCAAAAGUCGCCGAGGAGAAAUUUGGCAGUUUUUAGCUCUACAGUAUCGUCUGAGACACCGUUUACCAAGUAAACAACAACCUCCUGACAUUUCCUAUAAAGAGCUUUUGAAGCAGCUCACAGCUCAGCAACAUGCUAUCCUUGUAGAUUUAGGAAGAACCUUUCCCACUCAUCCUUACUUUUCUGUACAGCUGGGAUCUGGACAGUUAUCCCUCUUUAACCUUUUGAAAGCCUAUUCUUUGCUGGAUAAAGAAGUGGGUUACUGCCAGGGGAUUAGUUUUGUGGCUGGAGUACUGCUUCUGCAUAUGAGCGAGGAGCAAGCUUUUGAAAUGCUCAAGUUCCUCAUGUAUGAUCUUGGCUUUCGGAAGCAGUACAGACCAGACAUGAUGUCACUACAGAUUCAGAUGUAUCAGCUCUCAAGGCUCCUUCAUGACUAUCAUCGAGAUCUCUACAAUCACCUUGAAGAGAAUGAAAUCAGUCCCAGUCUUUAUGCUGCCCCCUGGUUCCUAACAUUGUUUGCUUCCCAAUUUCCACUAGGAUUUGUAGCCAGAGUUUUUGAUAUUAUUUUUCUUCAGGGAACUGACGUCAUAUUUAAGGUGGCACUUAGUCUACUAAGCAGCCAAGAAACUCUUAUAAUGGAAUGUGAAAAUUUUGAAAAUAUAGUGGAAUUUCUUAAAAACACUAUACCAGAUAUGAAUACAUCUGAAAUGGAGAAAAUAAUUACCCAGGUUUUUGAGAUGGACAUUUCGAAGCAGCUUCACGCCUAUGAGGUUGAAUAUCACGUGCUCCAAGACGAACUUCAGGAGUCUGCCCGUUCCUGUGAUGAGAGCGAGCCCCUGGAAAAGCUAGAGAAGGCCAAUAACCAGCUGAAGAGACAGAACAUGGACUUGCUGGAAAAAUUACAGGUGGCUCAUGCUAAAAUCCAGAGUUUAGAAUCCAGCCUUGAAAAUCUUUUGACUCGAGAGACCAAAAUGAAGUCCUUAAUCCGAUCCCUGGAACAGGAGAAAUUGACCUACCAAAAGACAGUGGAACAAAUCAGGAAGCACUUGCCAGCAGAUGCCCUUGUAGACUGUGAACUGCUGCUGAGGGAAGUAAACUGUAACCCAAAUAAUAAAGCAAGAACAGGAAAUAAGCCAUAAUUUAAGAAGUGCCAGCUCAGCAAGCAGCACAGUUUAAUAGACCGACGAAAAGGAGUCAUAUGCAUACUGCUGGACAGUCUCAGGAGACUCAGUGGAAUGGAAUCACCUAAAACGAGUUUGGAAUCCAGUAGUAUCAGGUGGGCCUUUAAUCCCAAAUUGCAAAUCCUAAGCUAUUUUAAAAGCAUACACACAGGCUGGGGGUUUUGUUGCUAUUAUUGAUUGUGUACAUAAACAUAAAGGGAAAUUUAGAAAAAUUCAGGCUUUCAGAUAAGACAAAUAGAUGUAUAUUUAGAGUUAACUUUAAAAAAUGUAAACUUUAUCAAAGGGAAGAAAAAGCAAAACUCUGCACACAUGUGAAGUAUUUUUGGUCUUUAUAGUUAAAUAAAGCUACUCUGUCUUUAUAUGUUGAAUAAUACUUGAAGAAAUGAAUGUAUUUUUUCUCCAAAGAACAGCAUGUUUCACUUUUUUUAGUGGUAAAUCUGUGUAAAUGCAUAUGUGCCUGUCAUAAUUCUACUGACUUGUAUACGGAAGAAUUACGACUGUUACUGACAGUCACUUUUAUGUGACUUUUCAGGGAAUGUGGUACAUAUCCAUCCCUGCCUGUUAUGUGCCAUCUUUAGCAUGUUGCUUUCACAUGCAUGUUCACUUGGGGUUAGGCAUGACUUUUUAGCAAUGUGGCUAAAUAGAAUAUAAAGAUGUGACUGGAAUGCCCACACUAGAGAGGGGAGUUUGUAAUGACGUGGUUAACUGGACCAGCAUUGACAGCCAAACUGGGUCAAUCAGGCCACAAAAUAGCAUCCAUUUUGGAACCAUAACUGUCCCUGGCCUGUCUACCUUUGUUGCUCAAAGUAACCCAGUAAUUGUGAGCUUUCCUCUUUACUUGGUGUUAUGUAAACAUAGUCAAUAACAAAGAUUUACUUUUUUCUCCAAAUGCAUUUCAUAAUUCUAGUUUCUGUUCUAAAUGCUUUAAAAAAGGGCUGAGAAGAAAAAACUCAGAUUUCCUCUGCCAGCAAUACUUGGCUUUCUAUAAGUGCCCUGUUGUAAUAAUGUGGUAUUUCUCUUUUUAGUUGACAGAAUUAAAUAGACUAUAAUCUUCCUUGUUCCAUGUCAAAUUUAGCAAAACUGAACUGCAUUAGGACAAACUUUCUAAAAAAAUCUUUUAAUGGGGAAUGCAAAGUAUCGCCUCAUGCCCAUCCAAGGACUAGGAUUCCAAAUUCUGACCACCAACAUUUCAUCCACACACAUAUGCAUGGAAGGAAAUUAGUCUUCAAUUACACUCCCCCCAUAUACAUUUUUCCAUAUAAAGAAUCAGUUCUUAAUUAGCAUCUACAAAAGGAGACUCAGAAAAGUAAACAAUGAAGCAAUUUUUGCUUUUCAAGCAUUACUUAGCAUCCCUGUUUUUAAAAGUGCUUUUAUGUAAUAUCUAACUCUUUGCCUAAACUAUUUCCUCCAGUGACAAGUUUACCUUGCAAUGGACAGUAGAAUACUAAGAGAGAAAAGUGUUGAAACCCACCCACCUCUGACCCUUGUUUGUGCAUUGAUUGUCAUAAAUUUGAUUACAGUAAUACCUGUGCUGUAAUACUUUCAUUGUUUUGUGUGUGUUUCUGAAGAAAAAGUCUUAUUAAUAAAGUUAUGUAAGUUAUAAGUUCUCUUUCAUUAGAUAAAUAGGUACUUUAUGAAAUCUGGGCAACAAUUGCUUGGCUCCUAUGGAAUAUUCUACUGGAGCAGAAUUAUUUCUGUGGCUAAAGAGAGGUUUUCUUUUUAUCCUGAAUUUAAUAAAAGCAUGGGUAGCCUGCAUAUAUUUCUUUUCUGCCCCAGUACCAGGUUUUAUCUAAUGGAAAUAGCCCACGGAGCAUCAGAUUUUGACUGUGCUGAAUUGCACCUAGCUAAGCUAAGGAAAAGGCUGUUCUGUGAUUCUUUUUAAAAUGAAUUUUAGCCAACACAUCACUAGAGACACAGCCUCUGGGAGCUGCAUUCUGUAGAGUGUUCAGAGAUUAAAGUGACUCAGAUCUUCUUUUAAAAUGGUCGUUUUUUUUUUCUUUGUGAUUUUUGGGUUGUACCAGUUGUACUUUGCCUUUUGUUUUAUCUCCAUCAAGUUAAUGUAAUGUCUGAUUAAUUUCCAAUAAAUGCAUUGAUGCAGUUUCUUUCCAAA